AUGUGGUCAUCCCAUGGCCUAACCCCUUACCUGGGAUAUACUCUACACUGGAUCGAUGACGACUGGAACUUGAGAACAAGAAAUCUUGGUACCAAGUACGUUCCAGAAGACCACACAGCUGCCAACAUCGCCCGUAGCAUGAAUGACACGCUGCAGCACUGGAAACUCGACGAAAACAAUCAAGUUGUCAUCACAACUGACAACGGCGCGAAUAUCAAGAAAGCGUGCCAACAAAACAAAUGGGUGAACAUUCCUUGUUUUGGCCAUAAUCUUCACCUUGCCAUAACGAACACCUUAGCUAAAGAACCGAAGUUGUGUCGCGCAAUGGGGGUUUGCAAAAAGGUGGUAUCGGCAUUUGGGACAAGCUGGAAAAGACGACGAGAUUUACAAGCCGCUCAACUUCAAGACGAGCCAGAAAAGAAGAUAAAAAAGUUAGCGUCGGAAUGCCCAACACGAUGGGGUUCAACGCAGCGAAUGAUAAGCCGUGUCCUGCACAAUAAGAGCGGAAUAAGAAGAGUGCUGGGAGGCGAUCGUGAAACUUCGCACCUCGUCCCGACAUGGCAAGACUUAGAAGUUUUGGAAUGUUUAAACAACGCCCUGUCGCCGCUAAAGGAUUUUACCGACAUUUUAUCCGCAAGUUCCUAUAUCACGAUAAGCGUUGUUAAACCAAUCUUGCACCGUUUGUCCACCGUCGAGUUAGCUACAAAAGAUGAAGAUCUUCCAUUGGCACGUCAGCUAAAAAGCGAAAUUCUUCGGCGCUUGAAGUCAAGAUAUCAGGCAGCUGAUCUCCAGCGUUUGCUGAACGUAGCGUCAUUUCUCGAUGCCCGGUACAAAACCGACUUCAUGCUCAACAACGUCGACAACGAGGAAGGGGAUGACGAGCCAUCGCAGGUUCAAUUUGUGAAGGAAGAGCUUCUUAGCCAAGCCGUUUUUCUUAAUGAAUCCUCAGCUGCAGAUGACGAGAUUUUGCAACCACCCCAAAAGAAAGCUAAGUUGAGCCUCGGAGCGCUGACCAGCUUAAAACAGCCAAAGAUAUCCGCUUCUUCAGCACAAUCACCACGCCAGCGUUUAAGCCGUGAAAUUGAACAAUAUUUGAAAUACAGUGUAAUUGACGGUGAUGAAAACCCUCUUGAAUGGUGGCGAAGAAAUGAACGUGAGUUUCCGCUAUUGAGCCAACUUGGCAAAAAGUAUUUGUGUAUUCAAGCUUCGAGUUCACCAUCAGAACGUCUUUUCAGCAAGGCUGGACUUAUCGCAACUCCAGCAAGGGCAAAUUUGAAGCCAGAAAAAGUAGACAUGCUUGUGUUUUUGGCCGAAAACCUGUAG